AUGCUUUUCAAUCCGUUGUUAUAUCUAUUCCUUGGCGCAGCAAGUGCCUGGACCCCACAGUCCAGAGCGAUUGCAAAGGCCAACGGAGAAAAGAUCACCGAGCGAAGGCUACCCGACGACACCAAGAUUCGUGGUGUCAACCUUGGCUCGCAAUUCAUCAUUGAACGAUGGAUGGCUGAAGAGUCAUGGAAAACCAUGGGCUGCAGUGCUUAUAAUGAUGAAUGGGCAUGUGUCAAGGGUAUCGGUCAAGCUAAAGCCAACGCCGCCUUCAAAAAGCACUGGGAGACCUGGAUCACAGAGGCCGACAUCAAAGAGAUUGCCAGUCUUGGUCUCAAUGCCGUCCGAAUUCCUGUAGGUUACUGGAUGUACGAAGACAUCAUCCAAGACGGUGAAUACUGGCCUCGUGGUGGUAUUUGGCAUCUUGAUCGAAUCGUAGGCUUGUGCAAGAAAUACGGUAUCUACGUGCUUAUUGGUCUUCACUCUGGACCUGGGAUCAGUUCCCCGAACGAGCAGUUUACAGGUCAUUCUGUGCCAGACCCUGGAUUCUAUACCCCAGAAAACUACGAGCGAGCUUAUCGAUUCCUCGAGUGGAUGACGAAGCGCAUUCAUACUAACGGCAACUACACCACUGUUGGGAUGCUUGAGGUUUUGAAUGAACCUGUGCAUGUAGCAAAGUGGAAGGAUGAAGCAGCAGAUAUGAUCAAGAAUUACUAUCCGGGCGCAUACAAGCGUAUCACAGCCAUGGAGGGUUAUCUGAAGGUUGCUAGUGCUGACCGUUUACACAUUCAAUUCAUGGGCAAGUCCUGGGGAUCAGGAGACCCAAGAACCAAUCUCCCAGAUGACGAGCACAUAUUUUUCGAUGCACACCGAUACUUGAGCUUCGACAAUAGAAUUUCCGGAAACAAGAAAGCCUACAUCGAGACUGCUUGUAAGGAUGACAUGGGAAGACAUGUCUUUGUUGGCGAGUGGUCUCUAUCAGUGAACAGUACUUUGAAGAACACAAACGAAUUCAAGGUUGAUGGGCAAGAAACAUGGUACAAAGCUUAUUGGGCUGCACAAGCAGAGUCUUUUGAGAAGGGUGAUGGAUGGUUCUUUUGGUCUUGGAAGUGUGAUGGUACCUUGGGUAAGAAAGAUUGGCGGUGGUGCUACCAGUCUGCAGUUGCUGCAGGCGUUAUUCCCAAAGAUGCUGGCAGCGCUGCGAAGUUGAGCCCUUGUGAUAGGUAUACUCGAUAG